UAUUCCCUAAUUUAGUCUGGUCGGUGCUGUUGGCGGUGCAAUAUAGAAUUAAAAAUUUAAACUUAAAAUUAUUAAUAUUUUUUAAAAAUACUUAAGAGAAAGCUUUAACCAUUUAUAAAUAUUAUUGUAAACAUAAUAAUGGUGCUAAAAAAAUAGUUUCAAAAUAUUCACUUUAAGUUGGAAAAAAUUAUAUAAAUUUAAAGAAAUAUAAGAAAAUCAAUUUAAAAAAUAAAAUAUAUGUAUAUGUAUAAUAACGAUUAGUUUAUAUUCACUGCUAAAGUCCCCUCUAAAACUCAAAGUGAAACCUUAUAAAUGAAUUUUGAAAAAAAUGGAAAACUAAACUGAGGCAAAAAUACCAAAAGAAGCAAAACAAAAAAUGUUUAAAAAAUAUUUUAAACAAACAAGAAUGGAGCAGCACACGUACUAAACUCAUGCAUCUUUAAAAAAUCUUAACAAACACACACAUACACAAUAAAUUUGUCUUAAUUUAUUGUUAUUAAUUUAUAAGUUAAAAUACUAAAUUUUAGUUAGUUUAUUUUAUUUUGAUUUAUUCAAAUAAAAUAAAAAUUAAAUAUAUUUCCUGUUUUGAAUGGAAAAAGGCACAACUAUGAAAAGGAAGCAACGGCGUUACAGAACGACUUUCAAUACAAUACAAUUACAAGAAUUGGAAAGAGCUUUUCAACGUACUCAUUAUCCAGAUGUAUUUUUUCGUGAGGAAUUGGCUGUGCGCAUUGAUUUAACCGAGGCUCGAGUUCAAGUAUGGUUUCAAAAUCGUCGUGCCAAAUGGCGUAAACAAGAAAAAGUUGGGCUUAAAGACGGCGAGGAUAUACAAUCUUAUGAUGAUAGUGUCAUGGCACAUCUGGAUCAACCUUUAGGUACAACAUUGCUACCUGAUACUCCGCCGCAAUCCUCAAACUCUCUAGACAAUGAAAGUAAAACACCCUUUAGUCAUGAGAAUGACAGUGCUGGAGAUAGAGCAGAUGAUAGUAUUGUCGGGGAUGGUGGGGUUACAACACCUUCACGUAUGUCUCCCAAUAUAUUUCUUAAUCUAAAUAUUGAUCACAUGGGUCUAGAACGGGGUGGAAGUUUGUCAAUGGAAUGGUCAACUUAUCCUCCCUCUACAUUAGCAAACAACAGUUUGGUAGCAAUGCCUUCCACAUCGACAAAAUCACCACCACUUUCAUUUCAAUCGCUACCACCUACCUCUUCAUCAUCGAUGAUGAAAACUCAAGAUGAACUUAUUCUUCAACAGCACCAACAUCAGCAGCAGCAGCAGCAUUGCGAUAAUCAAAAUGUACAGAACCUAAUCAGUGAUAGUUGUUUCAAUGGCUCUUUGGAUUUAGUUGAUAACAACACUUCCACCUCAACAUAUGAUGAAAUGAAAUUCUUAAAUGUUGAUCAAUACACCAUUGAACAAUUGAAGGCCGAGUGUAUUUUAAAUAUGGAUCAAACAUUAUCUCUGGACGAUGGCGAAAAGAAUCAACAUAUUAAUUUACAAAAUUCCCUCACACAAACAUUGUCAUUUGAACAUUUACAACAGCCAUUAAAUCAAGUAUCCUCCCACAGUCAUCAUUCAAUGUUUCAGCAUGAACAAACCCAAGAAAGUGAUCAAUAUAUUCUAUCCAACAAUUGUCAUCAUCAACACCUUCAAAAUAUAAAUACAUCUCACAUACAAAUGCAAAAUAUGCAACAAUUUAACAACGAUCCACUGCAUCAACAUCUGCACUCGUUAAGUAUGGAUUUACCCGUAUUCAGUUUGACGGGCAUGGGUUCUAAAUCACCACCUCUACUGACAUUAGAUAAACCUUUGUCAUUGAACAUCGGUGUGGAUGGUAUUAGUGAUUUAGUAGAUGAUAAAUUUUAGAAUAUAAACUUUUAGAGAAUAAGGGCGGGUAUAUCUUUUAAGUUACAAAUAUUCCAUUCUGCAAUCAUUUUCAAUUGUGUCAUGAUGCAUUCUCUUGGAAAAUUUUGUCGUUUUAUUUGAAGAUAUUUAAAUUCCUUCAUUUAAAUUAAGUAGUCUAUUAACUACAUAGCCUAUAGAUUAGGCUAUUGACUAAUCUAUUAUCUAUUCAAUUAACAAAUCUAUAAACUGUUCUAUUUAGUAAAUAGAAUGAAUAGAAUGACAGGUAGAAAAAUGGCUCCAGAUUUUUAUUACAGAAAUUCCAAUUUAUUGCCUUAAUAGGUUAUCGUGCUAAGAAUUGUAAAUUUCUACGAUACAAUUGAAAAUGGUUUAGUAAAAGGUUGUGUAAGGAUGGUUCUUUCAUAAUUUUUGUUUAUGUAUUUAUUUAUCUUUUAUUCUAGUCAAAUUUUGUAAAUUAAUUUAAAUUUAUUAGUUUAAUUUGUAUGUUAAAUACAACUUUUUAUUUUAAUUACAAACAAAUAUAAAUUGAAUAUACAUACAUUAGUUAUAAUUUAUUUGCACUAAAAUUUUAGUCUAAGAAGAUAAUUGUUUCAUAAACCUUCAUACGUAUGUACAUACUUAAAUAUGUAUGUAUAUUGUAGUUAACGAAAAAAAAAAUAACAUUCAAUUAAACAAAUUCUACAAUAAAAUAAUGAUUUUUAAA